AUGACAUCCCUUCAUUUCACUCUGGACGACAUCCCAAGUUUGUGUGGCAAGCGAGUCAUCAUCACCGGCGCAUCCUCUGGCAUUGGACUCGCUGCAGCUCAUCUUUUCGCACAGAAAGGAGCAUGGGUCCUCAACCUCGAUAUCAACCCGCCUCCAGGCGAACAGCCGGAGGGAAUUGAGUUUUAUCAAUGCGAUAUAUCAAGCUGGGCCAGCCUUCUGGGUGCCUUUCAAUAUGCUGGCAACAUUGACAUUGCCGUUUCCAACGCAGGUGUUUCAGAAGAGGUCGAUUAUUUCGCCGAUACUUUUGAUCACUCGACCGGAGGCCUGAUUGAGCCCGAGUAUCAGGUAUUGGAUAUCAACCUCCGCGCGGUUGCAAACUUUAUCAAACUCUCGAUCAGCCAUUUCCGUCGCCGUGCAUGCCAAGGGAGCAUUGUCAUUACCUCCAGCGCGACGGCAUAUGCGCCUGAACAGUCCCUUCCCGUAUAUAGUGGGUCUAAGUUAGCUCUUGUAGGAAUAAUGCGCGCGCUAAGGUCCUUAUUGGCCAAUGACAACAUCACAAUAAAUUGUGUUGCACCCGCCGCCACCAUCACCAGCUUACUGCCUCAACACUUAGCGGACCCCAUCAUUGCUGCUGGCCUUCCUGUAAGCUCGGCUGACUUUGUUGGACUUGCUGUCGUGUACUCUGCUACUGCGACGCAGCAGCAUACGGUCGAGCUUUAUGGAAAAGACAGUCUUAGCCAGGCGAAGAAGCCAUGCCGCUGGAAUGGACGAACGAUCUUAACCUUGGGGGACCGAUACACGGAGCUUGAAGGGCCCAUAGCAUCCCUGAGGACCAAAUGGUUUGGGCUAGAGAACACAGAACUCACUCGCCUGCAACAAGCAGCUACUGAUUUUCGGUUUGACGGUUAG